UUAUAUAUGACCUCUUUCGCAUGCCAUGCCUAGUGAAAAGGAGAAACAGAGAACUCGAAGUAGCGCUCCAACGUCCCCAAGACGCAUGGAGAUAUCGUUACCGUUGUCAUCUUGAUGACGCCUAUGGCUUGAUAUUUCCACUGGGUUUCCUUGGCCUUCAUCAUUUUUACCUCCGCCGGUUUAAAUGGGGCCUGCUGUACUUAUUUACGUUUGGAAUUUUUGGUAUUGGUUGGAUCAUCGAUUUCUUCCGUCUUCCAAGUUUGGUGAAAGAAGCAAACCGAGAAAAUCAACCAGUUCAAGCCCAUGGAUACAUAGUGACCACAGCACGCCAUCCAUCUUUCCCUGGGCAAGCGGUGCCAAACAGCGGUCAAAGUCAAUCGCUUACAACAGAACAGUCUGGGACAUUUACACACGUUGAUACAUACAGUGGACCCCCAGCCAACUAUGACCCUCCAACUUACCAUGGGGGACCUCAAGAUCACGCUGUUGCCCCACCACCCCCUUAUUCAGAGAUUGCCGGAGGACAAUCACAUGGCUUCCAGUACAACCAAGGGCAGUCACAGCCAUAUUUCUCUGGUUUACAGCAACAAAACCAGUAUCAACAACAGCAGCAGCAACACCAGUGUCAACAACAACAGCAAUACCAGUAUCAACAACAGAGGGAUCCAUUCCAACAACAACAAUACACUAACUCCUAUGGUGCCCUGGCACCUCAUGCACCACCUCAAGAAAAGUCACAUACAAGUAUUAUGGCGGCGGUGUGGGUUGGUUAUAAAAUCUGUAAAGAAGGAAAGUUGAGAAGAAAGGGCCACGAGAAAGCACAGCCGAGUGCUGGGUUCGUGGCCACGGCGUCUUCUCCCGAGGCCUGCCAAUAUGUGCACCCACCGGUGUCCCAGACCUCUCCAGCGCAAAAUAUAACCGACUCUCACCAAAGAGUUGUUAAAAAGAAAUCGCUGUUGGAGGCUUACUUGCUGUGGUUGGUACUUGGGUUGUUCGGAGCACAUCAUUUUUACUUGCAUCGUCCAUAUUUUGGUGUGAUGUACCUGACCACUGUUGGGCUUUUUGGUUGCGGGUGGUUGAUCGACUUAUUCAGAAUGCCGAUCCUGGUAAAAGAUGCCAACAAACGGAUUGAAGAACGGACACCUAUCCAACUCAGAAAGAGAAGCAUUGGAGAUGCGUAUGCAUUGUGGUUACCACUUGGCCUUUGGGGUUUACAUCAUUUCUAUUUGAGGCGGCCUGGGAUAGGAUUGUACUAUAGUCUCACUAUUGGUGGGCUAGGGACAGGAUUUAUUUUCGACCUCUUUCGCAUGCCAUUCCUGGUGAAACGAAGCAACAAGGAACUUGAGGAAGCCUUAAGACAGCCCCAAAUUGCAUGGAAAUAUUUUUCUACAUGUUAUCUAGAUGAUGCCUAUUGCUUGAUAUUUCCACUGGGUUUCCUUGGUCUACAUCAUUUUUACCUCCGUAGGUUUAAAUGGGGCCUGCUGUACUUGUUAACAUUUGGACUUUUUGGUAUUGGGUGGAUCAUUGAUUUCUUCCGCCUUCCAAGUUUGGUGAAAGAAGCAAACCAAGAAAACCAACCAUCUCGAGCCCAUGGAUACCCAGCAACCAACUCACCCCUACCAUCUUUCCCAGGACAAGCGGUGCCAAACAGUAAUCAAAGCCCUGAACAUGUUUACCCUAGAAUGAAUCAAGGUCAAGAUGCUGCCCCACCACCCCCAUAUUCAGAGAUUGACAGAGGAUCAUCACAGGGCAUCUAGUACAACAGAAAUUGAUGACAAGUCAAACCUGUGCCUGAAGUAACCUAGAUCAUCACUGAUCCCGAGUUGCAUUUUUACUAGCGUGAUAAGUCGGAAAAGGGUUAUUGGUAGAUUACUCUUAUUAGACAUCUAAUGGGCAUACAGUUUUAUAAUUAACUUUUUAGACAGUCAUCAUAAUUGUCAUGGGAAGCCUAUUGAACAUUGGGCUAUGUAUCCCCCUGCAGACUCCAUGGGUGAAACCGGUAUAGUGAUACUGAAGUGAAGGUUCUGACACAACUUAAAGGGAUAAUAACUUUUUGUUUUGGCCAAAAAAUGAAUUUUCCUGGAGUAAACAACAAUUUUCCCAUA